AUGGCAAUGACCAGAGCCUUGCAUCUCCACUCAUAUACUGCUCGGUUAAUGAACUCCACACGAAGAAAAAGUUGCAUGAGCAGACAGCACGUUAUUAUGGUCGUCAAAUGCAACAAAGAAGGUCCGAUGACAAUCUCGUCGGAUCAAAAGAUUCGAGAAAGAGAAUUAAAAGCUUUUGAUGAUACAAAAGCUGGUGUGAAGGGACUACAUGAUAAAGGGGUGGCAAAGCUUCCUCGUAUCUUUGUUCAUGAUAAUGACAGACAAGAGGAGAAGUCCGGUAACAGCAUGUUUCAGGCUGGCAUUCCUGUCGUCGACAUGGAAGGUGUGAAUCAAUUAGAUCCCUUUUUGCGAGCCAAGAUCGCGGAUAAGCUUCGCGAUGCUUUUGAAAAAUGGGGAUUUCUUCAGGUAGUUAACCAUGGAAUUUCAGUUGAGGUUAUGGAGAAGAUGAUGGAAGGAAUACGCAUGUUUCAUGAGCAAGAUCAUGAGGUGAAGAAGCAAUACUAUUCGAGGGAUUCCACGAGGAAUGUCUUGUAUAAUAGCAACUAUGAUCUUUAUGAGUCGACAGCAGCGCUCUGGAAGGAUACCAUUACUUGUAACAUGGCUCCAGUUCCUCCUAAACCAGAAGAGCUGCCCGCCAUUUCUAGAGAUAUUAUGCUGGAAUACUCAAACGAGGUUAUGAGGUUAGGGAUUACACUACUUGGAUUGCUGUCGGAGUCUUUGGGACUGGAAACAGACUACCUUGUGAACAUGGGUUGUGCUGAGGGGCUUUACCUGAAAGGACAUUAUUAUCCACCUUGUCCACAGCCUGAGUUGACUUUGGGGAUUGUCAACCACACCGAUUUCAGCUUCCUAACAAUACUCCUCCAGGAUCAAAUUGGUGGUCUCCAAGUGCUUCAUCAAGAUACAUGGGUUGAUGUACCUUGCUUGCCUGGAGCUUUAGUCAUUAACGUGGGAGACCUCUUGCAGUUGAUAUCAAAUGACAGAUUCAAAAGCGUGUUUCAUAGAGUGUUGUCAAAACGGGAAGGUCCAAGAGUAUCAGUGGCAAGCUUUCUAAGACCACAUUCUGGUGCAGGUUUUUCAGCGAUGCUAUAUGGCCCAAUCAAGAAACUUUUAUCAGAAGAAAAUCCGCCAAUCUACAGAGGGACGACGAUAGAAGACUAUGCAAAAUACUUCUUCAAGAAAGACAAAGUUGGAGUUCGAGCUCUAAAGUAUUUCAAGUUGUGA